UUGCUCAUAAUUUUAUUUAUUUAGAUGCGAUUGUGGACACAAGCAAGGCAAAUGGGAGCUUAUGCAGCCAAGUGUAUGUCAUGUAGUCUUCAUAAUGAAACUGCAAUUCUUGAUAUCUGUUUUGAUCUUUUUACUCAUGUAACUCGUUUCUUUGGUUACAAGGUGGUGUUGCUGGGACUUUUUAAUGGUCAGAAAUUAGGAAAUGAUUAUGAUAUUAUAAUGAGAGUUUCAGACCGUGAAGAAUAUGUGAAAGUAAUAAUGCAAGAUGGGAGAAUGCAGGGUGCCAUUCUGAUUGGAGAAACUGAUUUAGAAGAAACUUUUGAGAACCUCAUUCUUAAUCAAUUAGAUCUCUCUGCAUAUGGAGAAGACUUACUAAAUCCUGACAUAGACAUCGAAGAUUAUUUUGAUUAAUAGAUUCAGUUAAAAGGAUGAGGUAAUAUUACCUUUGUGAAAAGCUGUAUAGAUUACUUUUACAAAACUGUAAAUAAAGCAUUUUCACUAUUAGAAA